CUUCCACCAUGGCACCUCCAAAUGAACCUGUUAUUACUUCACUCACCAAACCCACUUCCUUACAAAACGUUUUUCACUUGUCAGAUUCCAAGCUCUCAGUGAAAGGUGUCCCAUUACUCUCUCAAGUCCCUCACAAUGUCUCUUUCACUCCAUUCUCUUCCAAACCCCAUCCAUCUGAUGUUGAUGCACCACCUUCACUACUUAACCGUGUUCUUGCUGCUUCUCACAAAGGUGGAUUCCUCGGAUUCUCACACUCUGAACCCUCUGAUAGGUUGAUGAACUCGUUGGGAAGUUUCACUGACAGAAACUUUCUAAGCAUAUUCAGGUUCAAGACAUGGUGGUCAACCCAAUGGGUUGGAACCUCUGCCUCUGAUCUUCAGAUGGAAACUCAAUGGGUUCUCCUUCAUGUUCCUGAGCUCAAUUCCUAUGUGAUCAUCAUUCCAAUCAUUGAAGGAAGUUUCAGGUCUGCACUCCACCCUGGCUCUGAUUCCCACAUCAUGAUUUCUGCAGAGAGUGGCUCCACACAAGUGAAAGCUUCGAGUUUUAAUUCAAUUGCUUAUGUUCAUUUGUCUGAGAAUCCAUACAACUUGUUCAGAGAGGCUUAUAGUGCUCUGAGAGUUCAUCUCAACACUUUUAAGCUCUUGGAAGAGAAGAAUCUCCCCAGCAUUGUUGACAAGUUUGGUUGGUGCACUUGGGAUGCAUUCUACUUAUCCGUGGAGCCUGUUGGAGUUUUUCAUGGCUUGAAGGAUUUUGCUGAGAUUGGUGGUGUGUCUCCAAGGUUUGUGAUCAUUGAUGAUGGAUGGCAAAGCAUCAAUUAUGAUGAUGCUGAUGAUCCAUAUGAAGAUGCCAAGAAUCUUAUCUUGGGUGGACAACAAAUGACAGCAAGGCUUCACAGGUUUGAAGAAUGUGACAAGUUCAAGAGUUACAAAAGAGGACUCAUCUUAGGUCCUAAUGCUCCUCCUUUUGAUCCAAACAAGCCCAAGGCAUUGAUCUCAAAGGGGAUUGAACUUGAACGUUUGGGGAAGAAUCGAGACAAAGCAGUUAAAUCCGGAAGCUCUGAUUUGGCAGAGAUUGAAGCAAGGAUCAAGUUGGUAGAGAAAGAAAUUGAUGAUCUCUUAGGUGGAGGAGAUCAAAACAUGAAGAAGAAUAAAAGUGAAUGUGGAGAAAAGGCAGAGGAGUGUGGAUUGAAGGCUUUCACAAGGGAUUUGAGGACAAAGUUUAAAGGGUUGGAUGAUAUAUAUGUAUGGCAUGCACUUUGUGGUGCAUGGGGUGGUGUGAGGCCAGGAGCUACACACCUGAAAUCCAAGAUAAUCCCUUGCAAACUCUCACCAGGACUUGAUGGAACUAUGCCUGAUCUUGCUGUGGUGAAACUUGUUGAAGGUUCCAUUGGUCUUGUUCAUCCUGAUCAAGCCAAUGACUUUUAUGAAUCUAUGCACUCUUAUCUUGCCAAAUCUGGUGUUACAGGAGUUAAAAUUGAUGUCAUUCAUUGCCUUGAGUAUGUGUCUGAUGAAUAUGGAGGCAGAGUUGAGCUUGCAAGGGCUUAUUAUGAUGGAUUGACAAACUCCAUAGUCAAGAAUUUCAAUGGAAGUGGAGUAAUAGCUAGCAUGCAGCAGUGCAAUGACUUUUUCUUUCUUGGAACAAAGCAAGUUUCCAUGGCAAGAGUUGGGGAUGAUUUUUGGUUCCAAGAUCCAUAUGGUGACCCCAUGGGAGUGUUUUGGCUACAAGGGGUACACAUGAUUCAUUGCUCAUACAACAGCUUGUGGAUGGGGCAAAUCAUUCAGCCAGAUUGGGACAUGUUCCAAUCAGAUCAUGUUUGUGCCAAGUUUCAUGCAGGUUCAAGAGCUAUUUGUGGCUCUCAAGUUUAUGUGAGUGACAGUGUUGGCUUCCAUGACUUUGAUCUCAUCAAGAGCCUUGUGUUCCCUGAUGGCACUGUCCCUAGAUGCAUACAUUUCCCACUUCCAACAAGAGAUUGUCUCUUCAAGAACCCUCUAUUUGACCACAAAACUCUCCUCAAAAUUUGGAACUUAAAUAAGUUUGGAGGAGUUAUUGGUGCUUUCAACUGUCAAGGAGCUGGUUGGGAUCCUAAAGAACACACAUUCAGGGGUUUUCCUGAGUGCUACAAAGCAGUAGAAGGUUCAGUUCAUGUGAGUGAAGUUGAAUGGGACCAGAAGGAUGAAACAGUUCAUAUGGGUAAUGCAGAAGAAUAUGCAGUGUAUCAUAACCAAGCUAAGAAGCUGCAUUUGAUGACUCCUAAAUCUGAACCAAUUAGAUUUACAUUACAACCUUCCACCUUUGAACUCUUCAGCUUUGUGGCAGUGACAAAGCUAAGUGGCAGGAAUAAUAUCAAGUUUGCACCAAUUGGGAUAACAAACAUGUUCAAUAAUGUUGGUACAAUUCAAGAAUUGGAAUAUGUUGAGAUUGGUGCUAAGGUUAAGGUUAAGGUUAAAGGUGGUGGAAACUUCAUUGCUUACUCAAAUGAAUCUCCAAAAAAGUUUCAAUUGAAUGGAGUUGAUGUGCCUUUUGAGUGGCUGCCAGAUGGCAAGUUAACAGUCAACCUUCCUUGGAUUCAAGAGGAUGGUGGUGUUUCUGAUUUAGCAAUUAUCUUUUAGAUUUUUUCUUUUUUGGGUCAUUGUAUUUGAUUUCUGUUUGGCUUGAAGAUAUA